AUGUCCUUUACUCGACUGAUUCGAGCCCUUCGAGGAUGGCUGGAACCCGCCAGGCCAAACCCAGGGGACGUGGAGAUGCUGAAUCUUGAGGAUUGGGAUCACUCUGAGUCUUUCUCUGAUAAUGCACUGCUAGACAAACCCGGUUCCUUUUCAUCCAAACCUGUGUUGGAUGCCAACCGUGAAAGCAACAAAGAUGAUAAUAAAGAAGAGCAAGGUCUUCUAGACUCGAGCAACUCCCGUGUGAGCACAGAGACACAUGCAUCUGCACUCAAUAGCGCACAACUGUCACCUUCAACUAAACAGUCUGGUCUUGACUCCCGUGCAAAGCCAUUGACCUCUUCCACUUCUGGGCCAGCUGAUUUGCAGCCUUCCGAGAACAAGAAAGUUGUGCCUGCUUUUGGAGGAGACGGUGCUUCUGACGAGGCUGCUGGGAGAAAGACUGGUGUGGGUGCUGAUGUUGUUUCGAGAUUUGAUCCUGAGCGCAUUCGUUCGAAGAACCUUCCUACUCAAGCUUCAUCAAUUGCUUCUUCUAUCAUUCUCUCUUCUGCUGUUCUCGCUUCUGCUGUUCUCGCUUCUGCUGUUCUCGCUUCUGCCGUUCUCACUUCCCCCGUUCCCUCUGCCGUUCUCUCUUCUAUCGUUCUCGCUUCCCCCGUUCCCUCUGCCGUCCUCUCUUCUAUCGUUCUCGCUUCCCCCGUUCCCUCUGCUGUUCCCUCUUCUGCUGUUCUCGCUUCCACCGUUCCCUCUUCUGCCGUUCCUUCUCCAGUCAUUCCCACAUCCUUUCGUUGCCCCAACAGUGAUUUCAUUUCCCGUCAAGUGAUGGCGUGGCCUUGCAAUGGUGGGGACGAUGUCCCUGAUCUGGAGGCCUUGAGCAUCAUGGAGCGGCUUUCAGUCUAUGAUCUGCUCGAGAAAGAUAGGAUCCCGUUUGUCUCUGCUGUGGACAUGGUGAAGCCAAGUGAUUUUGGUGUUGUGCAGAUCUCUAGUAUCGUCUUCGGUCUCACCCGAAAGGAGGUUGUUUCUUUCCUUGGUCCUGACGCUCAGUGGCUGGCAAACCACAAUGGUGCCUGUCCCAUUCAUAUCAUAAUGGACCGUUCCACUGGCAAGACUAUGGAUUGCUACGUUGAAUUUACCUCUCAAAACAUUGCUGCACAGGUUGUUCAGCGCCUAGGCAAUGCCUAUGAUACUACCAGUGCUCCCCGGAUGGCUGGUCGCCACGUCGAGGUUUCACUCAGCAGCCAAGAUGCGCUACUGAAAGCAAUUUUCCCAAUGGCAAAGUGCAUCAAGUGGACCAACGGUUCUCCUAUUAUGCUGGAAGACAUCCCAGAAUGGUCAAAUGGCUUUGAUGGUUUUAUCACCCACGAGGAGCUCUACUGUCUUGGUCGUCAUUCAGACACACCUUACCGGAGUGUAUUUGCAAACCGAGUUCCCCAGCGAUGCUAUGAGUCCCUCAUCAGUGCUAUCUGGAAGUUCCCAUGGUAUGCAACCGGCAUGUACACUGUUCACGACCGCAAUCAAAUCUUUGAGGUCUUGAAGCAGAUGAUCAACAAUCUUCGCAUGGCUACACGAAAGGAUUUGCCAACCGUGGGUCUUGAUAUCCGCUUGCUCCGCGAGCUUACCUGGGCUGGAGUUCUUUGCCCCGGUCUCAACCCACGCCAGAAGUACAACAUUGCCUACAAAUCUGAGCUGCCUGAGCUUGAGAAGAUUUUGGACCAUGACUGGUGCAAUUAUUUCCCAUUCGACACCUUGAACUACGCCGAUAAAUUCGCUUUGGCAGAUUACCAGGUAUAUGCCUACCUGAUGUCCAAGGGCAAGAUAGACACCAAGAGCCUUGAGAAGGACGGUUACCACAAUGGCCACGUGAAUCCUCUGGUGCGCAGACUGUUUGGUCGCCACUGGUUCUCGUGGAAUCAUGACGCCACCGAAUUGUUGCUUUUCAAAGAUUCCAUCGAGUAUGAGCAAUGCAUCUUGCGCCGGUUCGUCAUAGCUGGAUACAGAGGCCAUCAUAAGGUCCCCCGCUAUGACUAUGAUGAUGAAAAGAAUGAAUCUGCACUCCACGAUACCAUCUCAGACACAGCCAGUGUGAAAUCUUCCGACAGCCAGACGACAGUCGUUGCGAUUCCUCGUGCUACUCCAGUGGUUUCUGCUCCAGAUUUCCCUCCUACACCUCUUCCUGCUCCAGUGAUUCCUGGUGCGGCUUUGCCUGAUUUUUUUGAUCAGCGAACCCAAGCUGCUCAACAGACUACCGAGAGAGAAAAUCUCCAGUCUCGCUUCCAGCGUCCAUUGUCUUCGCCCCUUAUUCGUUUCAGUGUUCAGCCGAGCUCCCUCAGCUAUGCACAGGCUACUGGAACUGACGCCCAAGAGCUUCACUCUCGACGCAAUGCCUCUAACCCUGAGCAGCCUGCUACCUUCCCUUGGACCAAGUCCGCGGAGAAUGUCAAAGAUGAUUCUUCUGAGAAGUCUUCUCAGGCUACACCUCGCCCGACCCGACUUCCGCUAAACUACACUGAUGCCAACGUUCAGCGAACCCCUGAAAUGCGCCGCUCCGGUCAACGUGAUUCUGGGGAGAUCGAUCCUCCUUUUAAUCCCAAUACCAACACUCAUGUUGCCAGUGUCACAGGAAAUGGUGGAUUUGAUCGCCAAUGGCGCUUCCCUUAUGCCGACACUGCUGUUGAUGUACCUCCCCCAAGUGCUGUCCCUUACCAUCGUGCCAUCCCAGCUUCCUCCAUUUGA